AUGGCACAUUCUGAAGGAGCUUUCCUUAAUAGGGCACCUUUAUUUGAUGGAAAUGACUAUGUUUUCUGGAAAGUUAAAAUGGAAGCAUUUAUACAUUCUCUAGAUGUAAGGAUGUGGGAUGUAGUAACAACAAAAUACACUGUUCCAGCGUCAGUUCCUACUGAUGCUGAUGAGAAACUAAAAUUUGAAUUAGAUAAGAAGGCUAGAUAUGCUCUUCUUUGUGGUCUUACUAGAGAUGUCUUUGCCAAAGUCAUUUAUUGUAAAUCUGCAAAUGAUAUAUGGGUAAAACUUGAAACUAUCUAUCAAGGAGAUGACAAGGUUAAAGAAUCUAAACUGAUUACUCUUAAAACUCAGUUUGACAAUCUGAAAAUGAGUGAGGAUGAAACCAUUGCUGCAUAUUUUUUAAGAAUUGAGGAAGUUGUGAAUGCCAGGAAGGGUCUAGGUGAAGACAUAGAAGAACAUGAUGUUGUUUCAAAGGUUAUUAGGUCAGUCCUACCUAAAUUUGAAACAAAAAUUUCUACAUUAGAAGAAAAGAAAAGCUUUUCAAAAAUGACCUUACAUCAACUUCAAGGAACUCUAACUGCAUAUGAAAUGAGAAUUAGCAAUCAAGCUAGUUCUUCAUCAAAAGAAUCAGCCUUUAAGGUUGAAAAGAAUGAUGAGAGUGAUUCAGAUCUAACUGAUGCUUUAGAAGCAUUAUUGGUUAAAAGAAUGGCAAAGAAAUAUAAAAGCAAACCUAAAUGCUUCAGUUGUGGUCAAUUAGGACAUUUUGCUACUAGAUGUCCAAAUAUUGAACUUGAUGAUUGUGAUGAGAAAUCUGAGAAGUUUUCUAGAAAGAAGCCUUGGAAUCAGAAUAAAAGAAAGAAUGAUGAUUCUCUAGAAAACUUUAACUCAAGAUCUGAUGAAGGGAUUUUCCUUGGGUACUCUACACAUAGCAAAGCAUAUAAAUGCUAUAAUAAAAGGCUGAACAAAAUUGUAGAAGCUAUAAAUGUUAUGUUUGAUGAAACAUCUGUAUGCUGUAAUGACAAAGAAGAAUAUGAAAGUUUAUCUUUUCAAGAAUCAGAAAGUUUUCAUAAUGAAAAUCGUGAACAAGAUAAAGUUGAAACUGAUGAUGAAGAUGAACUUGUAGGAAAAAUAGAAUCAGAAAAUUGUUCCAAUUCUAAAAUCACUAGUGAUGGAUCAAAGAUAAAAACAUCUUCUAGAAUAAUAGCUAAGAGACAUCCUGAGUCUCAAGUUAUUGGUGAUAUUGAUAAAGGAAUUUUAACUAGAAGAAAAGCCAAAAUAGGAGAACAAGUAAAUAUUGUUGAACAAUUUUGUUUGAUAGCAGAUUUUGAACCAAAGAAUGUAACAGAAGCUCUAUCAAAUCUUAGUUGGCAAAAUGCUAUGCUAGAUGAAAUAAAUCAGAUAGAGAAAAACAAGACUUGGGAACUUGUUCCCAGACCUGAUGGUAAAAAUAUUAUUGGUGGAAAAUGGAUAUUCCGCAAUAAACUAAAUGAGGAAGGUGUAGUGAUCAGAAAUAAAGCCAGAUUUCCAGAAGGUUUCAAAUCUUCUGACAAGCCUGAUUAUGUUCUUCGUCUCAAAAAGGCCUUAUAUGGUUUAAAACAAGCUCCUCGAGCUUGGUAUUCCAGAUUAGAUAAACAUCUAAUUGCAAAUGGAUUCAUUAAAGGAAAUGUGGACAGCACUUUGUAUACAAAAAUGGACAAUGAAAAUUUAUUGGCUGUUGAAAUAUAUGUUGAUGAUAUUAUUUUUGGUUCUACUAAUGAUCAUUUAGCACAAACUUUUUCAGGAAUCAUAGAGUCAGAAUUUGAAAUGUCUAUGUUAGGACCUUUGACAUUUUUCUUGGGAAUUCAAGUCUCUUAG